AUGCUAUAAAAACUCGGCAAACUAAGAGCUUCAUUUUCACUCCUUAAUUUUAACUUCAUUGCCAAUCUUCCACCAGAAGUUGAGGAGUUACGGUCACAUGUAGCAAAAUUUGCAAAUGAGGAGGUAGCUCCAUUGGCAGAUAAAGCCGAUGAAGAAGGUAAAUUCCCUCCUCAUCUAUGGAGGAAGAUGGGAGACUUGGGACUAUUGGGUGCCACUGUUAAUCCUGCUUAUGGAGGGUCUGGAUUAUCCUAUUCUGCUCACUGUAUGAUCCUAGAAGAAAUCAGUAGAGCCUCAGGAGGAAUUGGGUUGAGUUAUUCAGCUCAUAGUGCUUUGAUAGUAGCUCAACUUGAAAGACAUGGAAAUGAGUUUUAGAAGAAGAAAUAUCUUCCUAAAUUGUGUUCAGGAGAAUGGGUGGGAUCUCUUGCAAUGAGUGAGCCUAAUGCUGGAUCAGAUGUCGUAUCAAUGAAAUCAACGGCAAAAAAAGUAGGAGACAAAUACAUCCUAAAUGGAAGUAAGAUGUGGAUUACCAAUGGUCCCAUAUCUGAUAUCCUCAUUGUUUAUGCAAAGACCGAACCAGAAAAGAAACAACAUGGAAUCACUGCUUUUAUUGUUGAAGCUAAUAUGAAAGGGUUCUCAAAAGGAAAAAAACUUGAUAAAAUUGGAAUGAAAUGCUCCGAUACAGGACCGAUUUAUUUUGAUAACGUUGAAAUACCAGCCGAGAAUGUUUUAGGAGAGGUUAACUAAGGAGUCUAUGUUUUAAUGAGUGGAUUAGAUUAUGAAAGAUUAGUCUUGGCAGCAGGCCCAGUUGGAUUGAUGCAAGCUGCCUUUGAUAUUUCAAGAGAUUAUUGUAACACUAGAGAAUAAUUUGGUAAAAAGAUUGGUUAAUUUCAAAUGAUGUAAUAAAAGCUAGCUGAAAUGUACACUACUCUACAAGCAAGUAGAGCUAUGCUAUAUAGUGUUGCUAGAGCUGUUGAUUAGGGCAAUAUUACAAAUACUGAUUGCGCUGCUUUGAUUUAUUAUACUUCUGCUAAUGCCACUCAAGUAGGAUUAGAAGCCAUCCAAUGUUUAGGCGGGAAUGGAUACACAAAGGAGUAUCCAGUAGGCAGAAUCAUGCUUGAUUCCAAACUCUAUGAGAUUGCUGCAGGCACAAAUGAAAUUAGAAAGUGGUUAAUAGGCAGACAGCUAACACAAUGACCUUCAAUGAAAAUAUUAAUAAAUAAAUAUUUUUUAUGGGAAAUAAACUAUUAAGU